AUGGACUACGACAAAACGGUUGAAGCAAUGGACACCCAGGACGACAAUGAAAUCGAUCCGCCCAACAUUCAGAACCUGGCGAACGCGGUCGCACCACCAACGGCCGCCGCCAACGGUGGUGGAGCAAACGCGGACGGUGGCGGUGAAGCGAUGGCGUUAGAUGAUCAGGAUUUCAUGAACGACGAGGUGCGUUCGGAAGCAACGUUCAGCUUUCGGAUACCGAAGUUCAGCAGGUUGACGGAAUCCAUCCUCUCACCACCGUACUACGUGCGGAACCUGCCCUGGAAGAUUCUGGCGAUGCCGCGCAAUAACGAUAAUGCAGUCACGCCCGGCAAAGGGCUCGGCUUUUUUCUGCAGUGCAAUGGUGAAAGUACGAGCAACAACUGGAACUGUUCGGCGUCAGCCGAGCUGCGACUGAUGAAGGCGGGUGAUCCUCACGCGGAUCCGUUCAUCCGCAAGAUUCGUCACACGUUCUGCAUGCAGGAGAACGAUUGGGGGUUCUCGUCGUUCAUGAACUGGGCGGAAAUUCUGGACCCGCUUAAUGGGUUCAUCGAAAACGAUACGAUCACGCUUGAGGUGUACGUGAAUGCCGAACCGCCCCGUGGUAUCUUCUGGGACUCAAAAAAACACACCGGCUUCGUGGGGUUAAAGAAUCAGGGCGCGACGUGCUACAUGAACUCGCUGCUGCAGACGCUCUAUUUUACCAACCAGCUAAGAAAGGCGGUGUACAAGAUGCCGACCGAGGCAGACGACGACUGUAAAUCGGUAGCGUUAGCGCUGCAACGCGUAUUCCACGAUCUACAGACGCAAAAUAAACCAGUCGGCACGAAAAAGCUCACCAAGAGCUUCGGUUGGGAUGCGCUCGAUUCCUUCAUGCAGCACGACGUGCAGGAAUUUUUGCGCGUGCUGCUGGAUAAACUGGAAAACAAGAUGAAGGGCACCAGUCUGGAGGGUACGAUCCCGAAGCUGUUCGAAGGCAAAAUGAUAUCGUACAUCAAGUGCCAGAACAUUGACUACACGAGCAGGCGCACGGAGACGUUUUACGACAUUCAGCUGAACAUUAAGGGCAAGAAAAACAUUCAGGAGUCGUUUAAGGACUAUAUCGCAACCGAGAUUCUGGAUGAUGAUAAUAAGUACGAUGCGGGAGAACACGGACUGCAGAAGGCGGAGAAGGGCAUUCUGUUCCGGAAGUUCCCACCCGUGCUGCACCUGCAUUUGAUGCGCUUCCAGUAUGAUCCCAUUUCGGACAACUCGGUAAAGUUUAACGAUCGGUUCGAGUUCGACGAAAUGAUCAAUUUGGAUCCGUUCCUGGAGUCGGAGGAGGAUACACCGGCCACGUAUAUCCUGCACGCAGUGCUCGUGCACUCCGGUGACAACCAUGGUGGCCAUUACGUGGUGUACAUCAAUCCGAAAAACGAUGGCAAAUGGUGUAAGUUCGAUGAUGAUGUGGUGUGCCGGUGCAGUAGAAAUGAAGCGAUCGAACAGAAUUACGGUGGGCAUGAUAAUGAGCUGAACCUGCGUCACAGUAGCAACGCAUACAUGUUGGUGUACGUUCGUGAAUCCGUCGUCCACCAGGUGCUGGAAGAAGUGAAAGAAAGCGACAUCCCGGAAGAGUUGCUCGAGCGUUUGAAUGAACAGCGUCGCAUCCAGCAGGCGAGACGUACCGAGCGUACCGAGGCCUCAAACUUUGUCAACCUCAACAUUUUGCUAGCGGACUAUAUGGAGGUGCACCAGAAGUCGGAUCUGUUCGAUGCGACGACCGCCGCCUAUCGUUCGCUCAAGGUGCGCAAAACGACGGACCUCGCGUCAGUGGUGGUGCAAGUCGGGCGAGCGUUCAAGGUUGAGCCGGGCCAAUUUCGUUUGUGGGAGGUGAAGAAGCCCGCCAACCAGAAGCCUCACAAGUUCGAGUACAUCGAUCCGGCGUCAACGGAAACGUGCAGCAAGUAUGCGUCGCCGGAAACAAAGCACUCGUGCACGAUCUUCCUGGAGCUUCCGCUCCCGGGACGAACCGAACUCGAACCGGCCAAGAUUACGUUCGAGGACGUGCUGCUAUUCUUCAAGUUCUACGAUCCGGUGGAGAAACGGUUGAACUAUUGCGGGCAUGGGUUGUACAAGCCAUCGACAACGGUGGCUGAGCUGGUGCGUGAUUUGAACAAGCGUGCCUACUUCGAACCGGACACCGAGCUACAGUUGUAUGAAGUUGUGGACAUCAACAAGGCGCAGAAGAUCACGGACCAGUUCCAGACGCUGCAGACCUCGAUGUCGUUCCUGUGCCACGGUACAAUCAUUGUGUUUGAGAAGCUGCACCCACCGCAAGAGAACUUGGAGUUCCCGACGUGUGAGGCGUACUUUAAGGACCUGUUUUGUCGCAUGGAGGUCAUCUUUCUCGACACGCUCAUCCCGAACGAUACCGGCUUUACGCUGGACCUUUCGUCCGAGUCAACGUACGACCAGAUCGCGAAAGCCGUCGGUCGCCGCAUCAACGUCAACCCGUACGAGAUACAGUUCUUUAAAAGCAAAAACUACAGCGAUCUACCCGGGCAGCCGUUGUCGCACAGCUUCGGUGGAUCGCUCCGAGAGGUGUUGCAGUACAGCAAAACCAAGACGAUACGCAAGCUGUUCUACCAGAAGCUUUCGAUCAACAUCAACGAGCUGGACAACAAGAAGCAGUUCCGCUGCCUCUACCUGAUGCCGAACCUGAAGGAGGAGAAAGAACUGAUUCUGUACCCGAACAAAAACGGCACAGUGCGCGACCUGCUCGAGGAGGCCCGAAAGGUGAUUGAGUUUGCAGAGGCGAGCACGAAGCAGCUGCGAAUUUCGGAACUCUCGAAGAACCGACUGUCACCCGGACCAUCGGACGAUACGCCACUGGACCAGCUGCACGACUACACGGAAAAUCCGUUCGUGCAGAAGUCGAGCAUCGGCAACCAGACGAUGUACCGCAUCGAGGAGGUGGCCGAGGACGAGGUGCAGUUGGGCGAGCACGAGAUGCUGGUACCGGUGCUGCAUUUCACCAAGGACAUUUCUAGCGUGUUCGGCAUCCCGUUCUUUAUCCGCACCGUGCAGGAUGAAACGUUCGCCUCGCUGAAGGAGCGCAUGAAGAAAAAGCUGGGCGUAUCGGAUAAGGAGUGGGAAAAGUAUCGGCUAGCGAUCAUAACCGAGCACAUCGACUACAUCGACGACGAGAUGAUACAGAUCAAGCUGGAAACGUUCCGGGGCGAUCCGAGCGAUCCACAUUCGCGGACCUUCCUCGGUUUGGAGCACAUCAACAAAAACACCAAACGCAGCAGGUUCAACUACAUGGAAAAGGCGAUCAAGAUUUAUAAUUAG